AUGUACAAGAGCCGGCUUCAGGAGCUGUGCCACCAGCGGCUUUGGGCCCUCCCAGAGUACACAAGCAACUGCGAGGGCUCCGACCACAAUCCCCGCUUCCGUGCCGCCGUCACCGUCAAUGGUCUCUCUUUCCACGCCGCCGACCUCUCCAAAACCUCCAAGGAGGCCCAGAACAAGGCCGCCCAGGCCGCCUUCGAGCACUUCGCCUCCGCCUACCCCGCCCCGCCCCCGCUUCGCCCCUCCCCCUCAGGGAGCAAAAUUCGCUCCCAGAACCACUCCCAGUGCGAGGGUUCGAAGAAAGGCGAGAUUUUUAUGGAACUUAGGGAUAACGUGAAGUAG